CAAUACAGCACAAACUCCACACUUGACCUCCAGCACUAUUUGCCCUGUGGUUAUGUAUAUUUUCUCAGAAACCAAACGAGAAAAUUGGAACACCCCAUUAACAGAUUCUUCUAGCUUGCUUGAUUGGUCUUUCAGACACCCUUUCGUUCUCUAGUGUUGAUACGGAAUAUUAUCGUGAUGGUUGAGCUGUGAUUUUUUUUCUUGAUUUGAUUAUGAUGGUUAAUGCAAAUCAAAGUGUGGGUUAGAUUUUGGAAAAAAAUUUGUAUAAGAGAAAAUCUAUGACAAGGGUUUGCCUUAUUUUGUUGUGAUUAUGUUUUAAUGCCAUCAAGUUUGUUUCUUGUUGGCUGUAUGGGCGCUUUCAGCGAUAUAUUUAAGUGAAUUAGAGCUAAAAUGGGACAUCCUGUCGUUGAAGGUGGGCCCCAGAUGAUGUGCUAUGCAUGUAUUUGAUUACUAUUGUUGGAUUCUGGCCACUUUUUAUGAAUAUGCUUUCUGCCUUCACAAGCUAUUUAGGAAGUAUUUAAUAAAUUAUUGUUCCUGAUUUUGAUUUAUUUAAUGUUUUUUUUUUUUGUGAUAAGAACACAUCCAUGUCUAGGUUUGUAGAUCAUGAGAUAUAAGCUUAGAUGAUAAAAACCUUUACUGAUUUGAAAAUGGAUAUCAAAAUAGCAAUGACAAAAUGAGGAAGUUUUAUCAAUUCUUGUUAAGGUCAUAACAAAACCUCAAGUGUGUUUUUUUAGUUUAGAACUUGUUACGUGUGAAUUUUUCAAUGGUAAAAUCUUAUGUUUAUGGAAGGACAUAAAUGUGAAUGCAUGUGUGUGUUUACGUGGAUUUGAACCCUAAUCCUGCCAGGUAUAGAUCUUAGUGUGAAGUUGGCAAGAUUAGUUAUGGAGAAUGAAAAUGUCAAAGUUUUCUUUUUUCAUUUUCAUGGACUCAAGUAAUAUUACAUCUAGAAGAGAUUUUUGCUUCUACUUUGCUUCUAUGCCUUUUGUGUCUUUCAAAGAGUAAUUUAUAUAGCAAAAACAUGGACUUGACUGGAUUCUGUUCAGCAUGGCUUCCAUUAAAGAAAAAAGACAGAAUCUUUUCAAACACAAGAGAAGAAAGUGGCUUAAGAUCCAUAAGCUGAAGCCUAGUCCAAGGAGAAGGCUUAAUGCAAUAUAUGCACUUGUAGGCUUCUGAUAUGUAUUGUCUUGUACCAUGCAGACCAGAGAAUGUUCAAAUGCUCUGGUGGAUUGGUAGAACUUAAUCGUUCCAGGUUAUUGUUAUGAUGUUAACCCAACAGAACUAUACCAGGAAUAGUGUAUCAUCGAUCAGUUUCUGUUUCUAAUAGUCUUCUUGUUAUUUUUACUCUUUAACUGAUGGUUUAUUGAGGAAAAGAAUGGAUACAAAGUUUAUGAUCUUGUUUGUAGGAGAAAAUUUUGAAGACCUGUGUAAAAUCAAUCGACUUGUCAACUGCACAAGAUGAACCCUCUGAGUCAGGGGACUAGCUCUUCUCCGGUGGAUCCUCCUAUGAAACGCAAACGUGGCCGUCCACGCAAGGAUGAGAGUGCUGUGCUAGGUGAGAAAACACCAGUAAUGCCUGAAUCUGACAAUAUGAAGAAGAACAAACAGACUGGAGGACCAACUGAUGCUUCUGGUGUUAACAUGGUGGGUCGGGCGAUUACUGGUGUUAUUGAUGGUUUAUUUGACGCUGGAUACCUUGUUAAAGUUAAGGUAGAAGACUCUGACAUUCCUCUGAGGGGUCUUGUAUUUCAACCUGGCCGAUUCACUCCCAUCACUGCUGAAAAUGAUGUGGCUCCACAAGCAAAAAUGUACAGAAGAGCAGAUAUUCCCAUCCCAGUUUUUCAUCCUCCAACUCAGUUGCCUAGUUUUGUUACUCCACCAAAGCACAGUGAUAAGCAACUGGUUGAGCUAAAAAAGCCCGCACCGACUGCUCAGGACAAAGGGCUCCAAUCUGGGUUUCAACCAACUGCUCCAAUUGCAAAGGAGAGCCUAUCUGCUUCUCAGAUGCUGCCUCGGACUGAAUACUUGCAGGGUACCACAGGACCUUUGUUUGGAGGAAAUGUAAUGCCGCCUCAAGUUUUGGGUUCAGGACAUGAGAAUCAAUCUGUCUCUGUUACGGCAGAGAUGGGGCACAAUAAGAUUGCCGGACAGCAUGAUUUGCUGCAGGAAUUCGAAGCCUCACUAAGAAAAGGACCUAAUUUAAAUGUAAAGGCUAAUGAACAAUUAAAAUCGGUGUCUCUACCUUCACCCCCUGCUGAUAUUUUGCCAGUGAGUGAAACUCCAAAGCAGCCUUCUGGUGAUGACCUUAAGCUGAAUCAACCGGUCCAUGAUGGAGUGAAAGGCCCUUGUUCUUUAAUGGAAAAACAGGCUUCUCCAAAAAAUGCUGGUCCUUCAGAGCUUGCUACGAAAAUGAUCAGUGGAGAUGAUACAUCCCAUCUUAAUCAUAGUCCUAUUCCUAUAGGUCAUGCUGCUAGUACUACUGAGGCAAACUCACUAUUCUCACCAAUUGCAAGCUUUCCAUCACUGCUGUUCGGGAGAGAAGCUAUUCCCCCAUCACAGAAGCUUGCAGUUGAAGGAUUCUCUCUUCAGAGAACCACUGAACCCCAGUCAGAUGUUCCUUCUGGUGCUACAAAUAUUAUGAAGGCGGGGGUAGACAUUUCGGCAGCGACCAGCAUACCUGCAACUCUAUUUGGGAGAGAAGCUAUACUGCCAGAAUCCAAGGCUGCUGCUGAUGAACCUGUUCUUCCUAGGAUGACUGAACCCCAGCUCUGCAAUUCUCCUGAUGUUACUAAUAAUGUGGACAGUAAUAUCAAGGAUGUCAUCCCACCUGCCGAAUCUUAGAUUUAUCUGGUGGUAUCAAAACAACUCAGUGGUGUAGGGCAUUUUCUUAUGAAACAAUAGGGCAUAGGCAGGAUAAAGCUGUGAUAGAUGGAACACAUGAUGUCAAUGGUCGAGGAAUAAAUAGGCAUAGUCAAUACUGGUCGACAUUGCCAUCGUUUAGAGUCCCAAGUAGAUCCUUAAAUACCAGUUCACAGGUCGGGCAUGUAUUUUCACUUCUAGAUGGUUUACCUUUUGAUUUGGGAUCUCAUUUUAUAUUUGUAGUAGAAAUGGAUGCAGACUUUGGUAAUAAUUUAUUUGCAGCCUUUUGGACUCAUUCAGUUGAAAGUAGUUUAUCUUA